CUUAGCUAGGGUUGUGGGUGCGAUGAAGGAAAUGGUGGAUUUGCCGCCCCGGCUGCUGGGCGACACCACCAAGUGCGUAGACGGCGAGCUCCCGGUGAUCAUGCCCACUGUGCUGCUGCCCCCGGCUCCCAAAUUCAAAUGGGGGGACUUCGAGGAGGAGGAGGAGGAGGAGGAGGCGGCGGCGGCGGUGGAGGAGGAGGCACCGUCACUCCCUGCUGGCGGCGACAAGGAUGAAUCCACUACCAGGGCAGCGGAGGAGGAGGAAGAAGCUGUUGCUACAUCAGUUGCGGAGGAGGAUCAGCGUGUUUCGUCACCCAAUGCGCACAAUGUUGGUGAAGCUCCUGUGGACAUGGACAACAGCGUCGCCAUGGAAACAUUCAGGAUUUGUGCCCGAGGAGCCCCCGCGGCCCCCGCCCCUGCCGAGUCGGGCGGAGAGAAGAAGGAAAGGUUUCGGCACCGCCUGUGGUGCUAUCUGUUUGAGAACUUGAAUCGCGCCAUCGACGAGCUCUACUUCCUGUGCGAGCUGGAAUGUGACAUGGAGCAGAUCCACGAGGCUCUCCUGGUUUUCAACGAAGCUGGCCUGGACUUCAGCGAGCUCAAGGCUAGAGUUGGAAACUUCGAAACGCUCAAGAAGAAGAAAGCCGGUUCUGGACAAGCCAUGGACAGCAGUGAUGCCACAAAGGUGGAGCAACGACCGCAUGCUAUCGCUUGGGAGGUGCGUAGAAUGGCAUCCUCUCCUCGUCGUGCCGACAUCCUUUCCCUGUCGCUUGAGGCUUUCAAGAAAGUGCACAAUGGAACAAGCAGCAAACAGCACGAGAGCCCGCAUCACACAAGUCGCAGGAGUGCCGUUCGGUUUCUGUCCUUUGGGCAAGACACCAUGCCCGUGGUGAACGAUAAUGCUGCUGCUACAGAGGAGCGGGAGGAGAAACAGGCACUAGCGCCGCAUGGCAAGGGGCAGGAGCUGCACAAGGACGUCGACAAAGUGGCGGCGGCGGCAAUCGACGUGAAGAAGCUGGACUAUCCUCCAUGCAAGGAGGACGUUAAGCCUUCUCAGGCCGGCGACCAUGAUGCAAGUCCAAGGCCUUUGCGCUGCGAUGGAAAAGUCAGUUCGAACCCGGCGGCUUUGGAAGCAUGGAAGGAGAAGAGAAACUGGGAGGAUAUCCUAUCCUCCCCUCUGGGAAACGUACCCAAGGCAUCUGCUUCUCCUGGAGGUGGUGGAAGGAAAAGUACCGAGCGUGGUCGCGUUCUGCAUGACAAGCUCAUGUCACCGGAACGCAAGAAGAAGUCCCCCAUGGAGAUGAAGAAAGAAGUUGACGAGAAGCAAGCACGGGCCACAAGAAUCAGAAGAGAACUUGAAAAUGAACGAGCUCUUCGUCUCCAGCGCACAACCGAGAAGCUCAAUCGUGUCAGUGAAUGGCAAGCUGUCCGAAGCACGAAGUUGAGAGAAGGAAUGCAUGCACGCCAACAGCGGGGAGAGUCGCGGCAUGAGGCGCACCUCGCACAGAUCGCAAGGAGGGCCAGUGACGAGAGCAGCAAAGUGAGUGAGGUGCGGUUCAUCACGUCACUCAACGAGGAAAACAAAAAGUUGUCCCUCCAGCAAAAGCUUCAAGACUCAGAGGUAAGGCGGGCGGAGCGGCUCCAGAGCCUCAGAAUCAAGCAGAAGGAAGAUGUUGCCAGAGAAGAGGCUGCAAUGGAGCGCAGGAAGCUUCUCGAGGCUGAAAGGCUGCAGCGUAUUGCAGACACGCAGCGGAAAAAGGAAGAAGCCCAGGCUAGGAGGGAGGAGGAGCGCAAGGCUGCUAGUGCUGCCCGGGAGGCACGCGCCGUGGAACAAGUCCGGAAGAAGGAAGUAAGGGCCAAAGCGCAGGAAGAGGAGGUGGAGCUGCUGAGGCAAAAGUUGGCCGAGCGUCUGCGCGAGAGUGCUCUCCGUCGGAAAAUAUACCUGGAGCAGAUCCGGGAGAGGGCUGUUAUGGACACGCGGGAGCAGGGUUCACCACUGUCGAGGCGGCCUUCUAGCAGAGAGGGUGGACAGGCCGGCCGCGCUCCAGCCCCUCUAGCCAACGACGCUCCUCCUGAGGUUUGUGAGAUGCGGCUUGUUGGACCGGUCAAGUUCUCUCCAAAUGCGAAUGCAGCAUCGACUACCACGGCUAGUUCCGAUGGCCAUCACCUCAAGAAGCGGAUAAAGAAAAUACGACAGAGGCUGACCACCAGGAGAUUUGACUUUGUUGAGACGCCCGCUCCCGGGGUGGAGAGCUCCAGCAGGUCUAAGCUAGGACGCUGGGUACAGGAGUUGCAAAGGCUCCAGCAAACAAGGAAAGCUGGGGCUUCGGCAACUGUCCAGAUUGUUGCGGAAAUCAUCAAGCACCUCGAUGGGAAAGAGGCUGAACUGCACGUUGCCCGCCACACGGGCCUUGUUGACUUCAUUGCUACGGCACUUCCUGCCUCUCAUACCUCAAAACCGGAGGCCUCACAGACUACAGUCGCCCUUCUCAAACUAUUGGUGGUCUUGCUCACGCUUCCUGCAAACCGAAGCUAUUUCUUGGCGCGAAACUUGCUGCCGCCUCUGGUACCCAUUCUAUCCACUGCGCUCGAGAAUUACAGCAGUGUGGGCUGCUCGGCCAGCAGCAGCACGGGUGACAAGCUGGUUGUGGACGACAAGUUCAAUGCGGUUGGGGAGGUCCUGGAAGACCUGCUCAAGUGCGUCACCCACGUCAUGGGACAUAGCUCUUCGGAUGAGCGGCAGCUGCAAAUGCAGGACGACCUGGUGGAGCUCAUUGUAGCCUGUGACAUCAUUCAUCGCCUCCGCAACUUGUUUGCACUCUUUGACAGGCCACAGGUUGAAGGGGCGCCCUUCCCACCACCCGUACUUCUCGGCCUCAAGCUACUCGACACACUGACGCGAGGAAAGACGCUGACGGCGGCACAGUCUCCGUCCAGUAUGGCAGCUCAAUUCUUCUACUUUCAAAAGUUGAUGGGAAUGAAGAGGCCGGCCGAAGUACAGGAGUUGCCGUUUGACGAGCUCGAGAGCAACCGCCAUCCACCAGACUGCGCUUAUAGCUGCAGCGAACCUGCCGAGGACCCGCUAGUCGAGGCUGACUGCACUUCCAAAUUGGAUGCAGGAACGAGCAACAGGGACGAACUGAGGAGACAAUCGUACGCGAGUAAAUCUGUCGGCUUUCUUCUCGUGGCCAUUGCCGAGACUGGAAUGGUCGGCCUUCCCUCACUGCUUACCGCCGUUCUGUUGCAGUCUAAUCCAAGAGCUGCUUCCACUGACCAGGCCUUGCCGUUGAACUUUGAAGAGGUUGCUACCAGUGUUCUCAGGGUUCUUAACAACACCGCAUGCCUAGACCUCUCUCUAGUGCAGAACAUGUUGGCAAUGCCAGAUUUGAAGAUGGAAUUUUUCCAUCUGGUUAGCUUCUUGUUAUCGUACUGCACUGGCAAGUGGAGAACUACGACGGAUCAGGUGGCAUCACUGCUACUCGAAACGCUUCUACUUCUUGGCUAUUUUGCUCUCUUGCACACUGGGAACCAAGCAGUACUUAGGUGGGGUAAAAGCCCGACGAUUCUGCACAAGAUAUGUGAUUUGCCAUUUGCGUUCUUUAGUGAUGCCGAGCUCACACCGAUUCUAGUCGGCACGCUUCUGGCCGCAUGCUACGGGAGUGAGCGCAACAGGGAUGUCAUCCAGCAAGAACUGAGCAUGGAGCUGGUGCUUUCCGUGUUGAGAUCCUCUAGAGGACAAACUGAGAGCAGCAAGGCAGGCAUUCAGAGUGCGGAAGCCAUGCUAAAUGCAGCUGCCGUCCAGCAGCAGGUGGUGAGACGCAUGGAUGUCAUUACUGAGGAAUGCGACGAGGAAAUGCAACACAAAGAGCAGCAGCUACCAGGGGCUACUGCUAGUACUGAAGACCGAAGCCUCGACGAGUUCUCAGAGGUAACAUCGGGUCGGCGGUCAGUAGUAGCAAGCAAGAAUGGCAUCAAGGCAAAGAAGGUACAAAGGCCUAGGUGUCAAGAGUGCAACCGGGAUUCCCUUGUUUUUCUGUUAGAGAACCGGUUUCCAUCUAGUUUGUGGGACAACGCAAUUGAUUUCUUCUCAAUGAGAUAGGUAGGACACCCUGGACAAAAAAGAAA